GGGAAGGGCAACUCCCAGAACACAUGGGAAUAGGGAGUCCUGCGAUUCGUGUCCAAUAUUGGUUUUGCGUGUCCCAGGGCCCCUUCAGAUUGGGGCGGUCAGAUGUCUGGGAGCCCAGGGCCUGCUCGACGGCCUGCAGCACGCCGCGCAGGGCCAGGGCGACCCGGGCGUCCAGAAGCUGUUCGAGCUCGUGCCUGGCCUCGAGGGCGCGCUCCAGGGGCCGGACGCGGGCUGGGGCGCCCUCCUCGCCCUGGCAGACGCGCCCUGGGCGGCCAAGCUUAAUGCCGAGGGCGCGGACGGCGCGGACGGCGCGGGCGGCGCGACCGGCAGCGAGCCUCACGCGGGUCCGUCGAGAGACGCGGACGGCCACGAGAAGGUGGACCUCGGAGACGGGCUGGUCCUCACGCGCCUCGAGCCAGGGGACAACCGGACCUCCCCCGUGGACGGCGACCAGGUCUCCCUGGAGUACGCCGCCUACUCGAACUUCGGGACCCCCGUCGCCCUGGAGCGCGACGACGACAUCGUCUCGCUGGAGUUCGACACGCGCGCCCUCGAGCCUCUGAACUUCACGCUGGGGGACCAGGCCGCCAUCCCGGGGCUCGCCCGGGCGGCGAGGCGCAUGACCCUCGGGGAGCGCGCGCUCGUCUCGCUGCCGGAGCAGCUCCUCUACCCCGUCGCGCCCACCGGGGACCUGAGUUCCCUCCGGACGACGUGCUGCUCUUCAACGUGACCCUGCGCCGGGUCGGCUCCGCGGAGGCCCCCCGGGCGGGCGGCGCCGCCCAGUGAGCUCCGCCCCGGGCCUGCCGGAGUCCGGGGCGCCCGCGCGCCCGGCGCCGGUGGGCCCGCCAGCUCCUCCCUUCGGCUCUCCCCCGCCCCUCCCGCGCAGCGCUUCUGACCCGCGCCGGCGGCCCGCGCGGCGGGGGGGCCGCGCCCCAGGUGGCGCGCCGCCACAUCGGCCACAUAAGUCGAGCGGUCCGGGGGGCCGGCGGCUCGAGAGUCAAGAGAAGAGAGAGAAGAA